AUGAGUUUCCAUGAUUUUCCUCAAGUAAUUGAUGGUUCUUAUAGUUCAAGUCCUUAUACUGGUUUAAAAGAGUUAACAAGCUCCCAGGUUGGUUACGAAUGGCAUCAGAGCGAGCGUUCCUCCGAUUUGACAGUGAUGAAUUUGGUGUCUCCUGCAUCAUGCUAUCCAAGUGCAUAUUAUGUUCCCCAAGAUGAGGUCAGUAACCCUAGAUUGUACUAUUCACACGAGUAUGAACCACCACCUACAGUUACACCAAAAUCAUAUGCUUCUAACCUAUGUGGAUAUCAGAUGUUUGAUACAAGUUCAGAAAGAGAGUAUGUUUUUGCUAAUGACAAUUUUGACACCACUCGCACGGUUGCUUCACUCUAUACUCUCACAUGUCAUACCCUUUCUACUGGCCAACCUUAUUACGCUCUUGAGUCAGCAAGUCCAUUGACAACUCCUUGUUCUAAUGUUGCAUCUAGCAUUGAAUUGAUUUCAGUUCUCAAUAAUCAUGAGUUUGGUGAAGAACUUACGAAUAUAAAUGAAGUCGCGAAUGGUGUUUCCGUACUUGUCAAAACUGGUGGUUAUAAGGAAUGUGGAGAUGGACGUAGCACAGUUAUGGGUGGAAAUGACGAAGAUAAGAGAUUAAGAGGAAAUCUUUUAGAAAAUAACAUCAACUUAGGAGAGGUGAUUAAAGAUGAUAAUAAUAAAGAGAACAAAGUGAAAAGUGCUGUUGAAGAAAUUGAGAAUGACAUUGAUGAUGUUAUUGGUGAUGGAAGUUUAACAGAUCCGACUAGAACUGUAAUUCGUUUGGAGAAAUUGACAAAUACCUUUGAUUAUUUGUUUGUGAUGGACAACUUUCAAAUACAUCAAAAUUCAAGUUCUGUUACAGAGUAUGUUGAGGAUUUUAUGCAUAUUAAAAACAGGGCUGAGUUCAUUUUUAAGCGCAAAUUUGAUGAUGAUCUUCUCUCUUACUGCUUCGUUGAAGGCUUGAAAGAAGAUUUUCGAGAUGCCUUGGAAUUAUGGGCACCUCGGACUCUACAAGAGGCUAUUAUUUUGGCUAGAUAUCAGGAGUUUUUGCUUGAAGAAAGCUCAAUGGUUGUUAAUGUAGAGAUGAAAUGUGAUAAGUCUCAGUUUUGGCAGCAACUUCAACGUUACUCUCAGUUUCCUGAUUUCAAUAAUUAUCUUGCUUUUAUCUUCUCUCGCGCUCAGAGUACGUCUGUGGAGGUCCGACAAGCAGCUGGCUUGCUUUUAAAAAAUAACCUCAAAAAUGCCUAUACAGCCAUGCCUUUGGAAAACCAAGAGUUUAUUAAAUCAGAAUUGCUUCCUUGUUUGGGAGCACGAGAUAGGCAAAUCCGCUCUACUACCGGGACCAUUAUAAGUGUACUUAUUCAGCUCGGAGGUGCUGCUAGCUGGCCUGAGCUGCUCAAUACUCUUGUCAACUGCUUGGAUAGUAACGACUUGAAUCUUAUGGAAGGUGCUAUGGAUGAUUUAUCCAAGAUUUGUGAGGACAUUCCUCAAGUGAUGGAUUCUGAAACACCUGGAUUAUCUGAAAGACCUAUCAAUAUUUUUCUUCCCAGACUAUUCCAGUUAUUCCAAUUCCCACAUGCGUUAUUAAGAAAACUGUCGGUGGCCUCGAAUAAUCAGUACAUUAUGUUGAUACCAAGCGUACUGUAUAUAUUUAUGGAUAAAUUUUUGCAAGUUUUGUUUAUUCUUGCUAAUGAUCCAAAUGUAGAGGUCCGGAUAUUGGUUUGUGCAGCUUUUGUUCAGUUGAUAGAAGUCUGUCCUGCAUUUUUGGAGCCGCACUUGAGGAAUGUGAUUGAAUACAUGCUGCAAGUCAAUAAUGACCUUGAUGAUGCAGUGUCUCUGGAAGUUCUUCCAACACUAAUGCAUGUCGAGGCUAAGUUGUCCACCUCUGAUGAUGAGACCUGGAAGGAAAGGGAAGCAGCAGUUUUAGCUCUAGACGCCAUAGCUGAGAGUUGGCUUAAUGAUCCUUAUCCUCAUCUCUCUCAGAUUGUUGCUUUCCUCACCCCUCUCUUAGACGACAAGUUUUCCCUGAUCAGAAGCAUAUCCUGUUGGACCCUUUCACGUUUCAGCAAAUUCAGUGUUGAGGGUAUUAAUCAUCCAGAAGGUCAUAAACCAUUUGACAAGGUCCUUGUGGGUGUUCUGCGAAGAAUAUUAGAUACUAACAAGCGGGUGCAGGAAGCAGCUUGUUCAGCCUUUUCAACUCUGGAAGAGGAAGCUGUGGAAGAGCUGCCACCACGAUUAGAUAUAAUAUUGCAACACCUUAUGUGCGCAUUUGGGAAAUAUCAGAGGAGGAACCUUAGGAUCGUGUAUGAUGUUAUUGAAACUUUGGCAGAUGCUGUUGGAGGGGACUUAAAUCAGCCUAUGCAUCUUGAUGUGCUCAUGCCACCGUUGAUUGCUAAGUGGCAGCAACUAUCAUAUUCAGACAAAGACCUAUUACCACUUUUGGAGUGCUUUACAUCUAUAGCACAGGCACUGGGUACAAGAUUCUCACUAUUUGUUCAGCCUGUAUCUCAGAGGUGCAUUAACAUCAGUCGUACUUCACGUCAUAUACCUUGGGCAGGGACUGAGGUUUUUGCUAGUGGCACUAUUGAAUGUGAAGAAACAAUAUUUACUUGGGUUCAACAACACAACUAUCUGGUUUCAUCCAUUGCCAGGAGGAUGGCUUCUGCUUGGUAUUGGAGUAUCGUGAGAUUAGUAUUUGAUCCUGGAGAUUUCAUUUACUCUCAUCCUGGAGAUUUCAGUUGCUGUGAACAUCCUUGA